AUGGUGGAGCUAGCACAUUACAAGUCCGAGAUGGUUAAGAUGCGCGAGGAGCUUUCUCAGGCGUUUGAAGCAGCUCUCAAGCUUCAUAUUAAUGGCUCUGUAAUGACCAUGAAAGCGUUGGAAGCAGCAUUUUCAUCUGUGUUAGCUCGAUCCAAUUUGGUACAGCUCAAUUUGCAUUUAGUGCAGUCGGCACUGGACAAUUCCAACGCUACAUGCAUUGACCAAAGCAAUGGCGUCCGAUCUGAGCUUAUUCUAUGGGAUUGCACUUUCGAUCGAGUAGCGAAGGAUUUUGGGCUACCGUCAGGAACUGUACGAGUUGUUUGGCAGCAGUGGUGUGGUGGGCAUCCUCCACUGAGGCUUCUGACGAAACACGACAUGUCUUCGAGACUGAAAACGGUGAGACUGUCGGAUCUAAGGCGUGUGAUGCUGCUAAUCGAAGCACUUCUGACACAAGAAGAACUUAAGCGAGUUCAUAGGUCUUCUGAUGCAGCAGGGCUUUUAUUCGAGCAGAUUAAAGGCCGUCUUCCGUUCGCGUCAUCUUCAGGUAAGGGGAGGAGACGAAUGUUGGAUCAGUUGUCGUGGCGAACGUUAGCACACGAGCUUGAGGCACUAAAUAAUUAACCUCUUGCCUUUUAUCCAGU